UUUAGGGCCCUCUUGUAGGGUCAUAUACCCUCCUUUCCUUCUCAUAAUCAACUAUAUUUAUACCACCCCUAAACUCUACCCUUAGAAUCACCAUAAUUCAAGACUGAUCUCUUUCUCCUCUUUUCUUCUUCCUAGCUAAUUGCAUUGAUACUUAAUUAGCUCUUGAGAUUGAUAGUAAUGGCGGAUGGUGGGGGUAGUGGAUCAGCCAUUAUUGGUAGAAGAAUGUGCUGGAUCCCGGAGAAAUUUCAGCUUCACUUGUCUAUGUUAGCCUUGCAGUUUGGAUAUGCAGGUUUCCAUGUGGUUUCACGAGCUGCCCUUAACAUGGGCAUCAGCAAGAUUGUCUUCCCCGUUUAUAGGAACAUUCUUGCCUUUCUUCUCCUCUUGCCCUUUGCCUAUUUCCUUGAGAAGAAAGAGAGGCCGCCUCUUACUUGGAACUUCACUGUCCAGUUCUUCCUCCUUGCAAUUGUCGGGAUUACAGCAAACCAAGGAUUCUACUUGUUGGGAUUGGAACAUACAUCACCUACUUUUGCUUCUGCAAUACAAAAUUCAGUUCCUGCCAUUACAUUUCUCAUGGCUGCCAUACUCAGAAUAGAAAAAGUGAGACUGGACAGAAAAGAUGGGAUCUCAAAGGUGGCGGGGACACUUUUCUGCGUGGCGGGUGCAUCCGUCAUCACACUCUACAAAGGCCCCACCAUCUACAGCCCGGCUCCGCCGCUGCAGAGGGCCGCGACGGUGGCUUCUUCUCCGGAGUUCCUGUCCAUGCUGGGUGAUGCAAAGGGCAAGAACUGGACCCUGGGCUGCAUAUUCUUGAUCGGCCACUGCCUGUCGUGGUCCGGCUGGCUUGUGCUUCAGGCGCCGGUUCUGAAGAAGUAUCCGGCUCGGCUCUCCUUCACUUCUUACCAGUGCUUUUUUGGGGUCAUACAGUUUCUAGUAAUCGCGGCUUUUAUGGAGAGGGACCUUCAGGCUUGGCUCGUCCACUCUGGCGCCGAGCUCUUCAGUGUUUUCUAUGCUGGAGUGGUGGCAUCGGGGAUCGCAUUCGCUGUACAGAUAUGGUGCAUUGAUAGGGGUGGCCCCGUGUUCGUCGCUGUUUAUCAGCCGGUUCAGACACUUGUUGUCGCCAUUAUGGCUUCCUUUCUCUUGGGCGAGCAAUUCUACUUGGGAGGGAUGAUGGGGGCAGUGUUGAUUAUAACCGGGUUGUACCUUGUGCUAUGGGGCAAGAACGAGGAGAGAAAGUUUGCAACACAAAAGAGGAUGAUUCAGUCCCCAACGGACCACAGCAACAACAGGACCAGCACCCCUCAUAUCAAGUCGUCCAUCACUCACCCACUCCUGUCUCAGUCCAUGGAAAAUGUUUGAUCAGCAAAGAUCUUAACUUUUAUACAACAAAAUCCUCAUUGCAGUUCAUCUAUAUAUAAAAAUGGCUUGGAGUGUAGUACUAUUUUAUUAGUUUCAUGCCCUUUUUUCUUCUUUUUUGUUUUCAUAUUUUUAAUUUUUCUAUAUAGCAAUAUAGUAGGUAGGAGAUUGGCUUUAGAAAAGAGUGAAAAAAGAGGGUUUUGAGGGAAGGAAAUGGUGAUUAUGAUCUUGUGAAAUGCAUUAGGUCUAAGCAUAUAUGGCAUAUGGAUAUGUCCCAUAUAUAUAUUGUAUUGGUAUUUUGUUAAA